AGCAGAUUCAAUCCUGCGUCAUCAAACCACCACGUCAAGUAAUUUUCAAAAACUAAGAACGAGUCCUAAAAUAAGGAAAAAGGUAUUUUAUGCCUCUACGACAACUAAAAUUUUUAGAGUAUACAUUUUUCAAUUUUAAAGAUCCAUAUGGUGCGGAAAACAGGGACGACUGUUAAAAAGUUCAAUUUAAAAAAAAAAUACAAUAAACAGACCCUCGAAUAUCUAUUCAGUCACCUUUAGUAACAUUGCAUGGAAGAACGACUUCCAGCUAUGAAAAUUAAUAACACGAAUGAUAUAACAUAAUAAAUCCAAAUCUAGAAACGCUUGUAAAUAAGUAAUUCUUAAAAUAUUUUUCAAAAAAUAUGAAUAGCUCAGCUUAUGCUAAAUUCUUUUAUUAUUAUUAGAAGGCCUUGUUGCAUUUCGACCAUACAUUAAUUUUGUUACCCUACAGCAGGAUCAUAUUGAAGAUCAUUGUACGUUCAGGAUUAUAAUAAGUUUAAGCACUUUGGUAAGCCCAUUCCUCACCAAAUGUUAAGAUCUCUCUCUAUAGAGAGCAGGGCAUUCACAUACAAUAGGAUGUAUUCCGAGCGUUGCAUGUUUGAGAGACCUUUGUCACACUAUUGGAGCAUUGUAUUCAGUUCUACUCUUCUCGAAGUACGAAUACGAAUUUUAUAAGAAGUUUCGGAUUCAUAGACUAAGCUACAAAAGUUUUUAGAAUUAAUGGACUCUGCAUCAGAAAACUUUCUUAUGCUCUGUGCAUGGGACACUGUAUUCCUGUCAGUACCUCUGUUCCAUAUAGAUCUCACAAGUAAUGACCAGUCCCCUGGUGCAUCAAGCUAGAGCUCAAGACCUUGUUAUAGCUAGAUUUAACCGUAGGUCGCCCUGUAUCGGGAGGCACGCCGUUAAAAGACACACUAACUUAGUUCCUUCAUCCCAUAACCAAUUUAUGUGGUAACACCCCGGAUUAGGGGUUUUUCAGAGCAUGUCUUAAGCUCGGCCAUAUUACGACUAGAGCAGGGGGCACCUCGAGCAGGAUGUGGCUCUUUACUACAUAUGGCCGGUCAUUCAAUAGAAAACAUACAUAAUGUAUGUACGAAUGCAUAUAACUUAUUAAUUGAUUUAUUGUUUAGGGUUGCAUUUUGACACCAAUUUUUUCAGCCCAUUCACUUGAAUGAUACCAAGAUAAAAUAAGUCAUUCAGCAUGACACCCGAAGCGUUCUCUUACACAAUAUUCGUGGAUAGCGAAGGCAGAAAACCUUUACACUUUCGUUGACUUUGGGUUUGCGGUUCUAUUCGUGUUAAUCAUAUGUAGGCGCGCGACUCCAAGUGUGAACAAGUUUAUUGAAAUACAUAGCUAAUUAAGAGACAAAGGGUUGGCUCUCUGCAAAUUUGUCUCUUUUCAGGCCAGACUGUUGGAACGAGUCGUAAAGACGAACAAUAGCCAACAAUGAAUAUGUUCUUCAAAACAAACAUAAAUAUAAACGGAUAAACAUACUGAUGUAUUAACUACUUCAGAGGCAGUCCACAUUUUGAAUCGACAAAAAUUUACAUAAGUUAAAAGAAUAUCAAAAGAUGGCAUUUGACCAAGUUUUCAUAUUUUUCUAGAGAUUUGCGAUGGAGAUUUCUCAAUGGACAUGAUAUAACGGUUCUAGUGAAUCUAGAUUAAUGAAAGUGAUUUAAACAAGGUAUUCAUAAAACGUAACGACCCCAUAUGGUAUAAAAGUGAUAGAUUAUGCAGGGAAAGGUAGCAGAUGCGUUUUAACCAUGAAGCUGUUCACAACGGUUUUCUGCCUAAGCUUGACCUUCAGCCUGGCCAGUGCAAAGAAAGUGGUUCAAGAGACCGGAAGACUAAUCACGAUCCAAUCCCCAGCACCGGCACCGGCACCACCUCCACAGCAAAGUGUUAUUUAUAAGCUUCCUCCGCAGCAUUAUUACCCGCCGCCCCCACAGCACUGCAACUGUCCGCCUGGCCCCCCCGGACCCCCAGGGCCUCCAGGGGCGCAAGGGCCUGCUGGCCAACCAGGUGCAAAAGGUCAUAAAGGUGAAAAAGGUGAUCGAGGGGAAAAGGGGGAGAAAGGGCACUAUGGAAUGCCGGGACCUCCAGGACUACCAGGGCCAAUAGGACCACCUGGCCCUAGCAAGUACCGUGGCGACCAUGAACAUCGCCAUCACCACCACCCACCGCCAGGAACUCCUCCUCCCACUCCACCGCCGCCACCACCACAUCACCAUCACCACCCACAUCCCCCAAAAAUACCGUCACCGCCAAUAAUAAUUCCCAUUCCGCCACUGCCACUGCCACCGCCUCACAAAGGAGACCAUCAUCAUCACCACAAGGGAUAUAAAGGACCCCCUGGACCCCCAGGGCCCCCAGGAACGGGACCGCCUGGACCUCCAGGACAUCCAGGAAAUUCCCAUCAUCAUCAUCCACAUCCUCACCCCCCCCAACCACCACCGCCACUACCGUAUCCAUACCCACCGACGGUACCAUACCCUACACCACCGCAAAUCCCAUGGUACCCAGUUUCUGUACCAGUACCCUGGCCCUCAAAGGGGCACAAAGGUGAUAAAGGGCAUCAUCACCAUUAUCCUCCAUCGGAGGGUCACCACAAGGGUGGACAUUAUUAUAACAACCACAACAAAGGUGAUCAUCAUCAUCAUCAUCAUCCACCUUCCCAUUGGCCACAUUAUCCCCACAAGGGAGGACAUAAAGGUCAACACCCUCCCCCGCCGUAUGGAGGUGGACACAAGGGUGAUCCACACAAUCCACAGCAUGGAGGGCACAAAGGUGACCCACACGAUCCACAGCAUGGAGGGCACAAAGGUGGCCCACACGAUCCACAGCAUGGAGGGCACAAGGGUGAUCAUCACCACUCUUCUUACCCGCCUUACAAUCACCACAACACCGGAAAUGGGGGACACAAUCAUAACCAUCCAAGUUCACCAUCUUACCCGCAACCUGAUCCACACAAUCCUUAUCACGGAGAAGAAAAUAAUUAUGGUCAUACCCAUGAGCAUCAUCAUCAUAAUAACCUUAUAGGUCCCGAUCAUGACCACAACGGAGGUGAAGAACAAUACCCGCGUGAUGAUCUCGAUGUAGAUGCUGAAGUAGAGGUAGAGGAAGAGGUAGAGGAAGAGGAAGAGGAAGAGAGCGUUGAGAACAUUAUUGACGAAAGUAUUCAGGACUCUGCUGAGACCGAAGAAUCUAUGCACUUCGAACCGACUGAGUUUCAACAGUAUUCCGAGAAUACUAGCUAUAUCAGUUAUGAAAACAACACACUGGACAUGGAUGGAGCUGCCUCAGUGGAAGAGAUUGGUGAGGAUGAAAACGGAAGUGCACCAAACAAUGUUGAAACAGACGGAGACGAUGAGGUGUUAGUAGAGAAUCAAAUAGAGAUUGAAAACUUGAAUGACGAUAACCAGUCUACAGAGACUGAUCCUGGGCAGGAGCGAGCCAACAAACGACCAAUUAUCUUAGCUAUUGGAACCCCACGAAAUCCAUUUCACCUGUACGCAUAUGAUCACUACAACUCAUGAGCCACCCGACAAGACGAAGGUUACCGAAAAUAAAUAUUAUAACUGAAAUUAACACAUGAAAAAUUUCCGUGCCUUGAAUUUCUACCAUAUUUGAGGUGUAUUUUGAAGUCAAAAAUACUUAGAUCAGCUAAACUUAACUUUUAUUGAUGAAGGAAUAUGAAUCAUUGCCAAUGAUAAAAUCCAGUGCAACGAAUUCAAUCGUGGACGUCCUUCGUUGCAGGACGAAUUCCGUUGGGGUCGUCUAAAAUCAUUUGCUCUGCCACAAAAUAUCGAUGCUGUCCGCGAAUGAGAUAGAGAAAGAGACAUCCUUGGGCAUUAGCAUAACUUCACACUGUCACUGUUACCUUAAGUCAUACUGCAGCCGUGAAAGAGGGGCUUAAUAGUCCCAACUUUCCCCGCAGAAAUCACAUACAGAAUGUAACUCUGGAACGUGCAUAGUUGAUCCGUCGUCAGCAGGGACUCAGAAUAUCAACAUUGUAGUAUUGCGAGAGAUGGUACAGUCAUCUGCUGGGCUGUUUCGGAGUUCAGUAGAGCGACCUCCUGAGCCUGUGCUGCAGUUGUGACCUCAACUUCCUCAGUCUCUUGGUUGGCGCGUGUGUCGUCGUGACCUUCCUCGCCAUGCUUUCCGCUGGCCUCAACAUGGCCCUCAUCCUCUUCAGUGCCUUUCCAUCGACCUCAUCCGUUUUCAGCCAGUGUGGUUUUUGGAAUCUCUUUCCUCGGUUCAAUAGGUGUCGCUGGGGACUUUUGGCCUCCUCCUUGGGAGUUUCCGUCUCUAGAAGAAACCGAAGUCAUUUCCUAGCAGCCCCGCUAAGAGCGCGCUGAAGUGUACAUAUGUAUGUAUAUACCCAUAGGGGUAGACAAAUAAUAAUAAAUAUUUAAAAAAACAGGGUGUUAUGCUCCGAGCAUUUCCUUCCCCCGCAACCACGCCCAACCAUCUGUAUUUCGUUUCUAUGCCAGCUAUACGUACAAUAAAGCGGUGCGAGCAAAAAAUCUGUUAAUAAAAGAUCAAUAGAAACAGACCGACGGACAGACAGAGAUCGCAAUAUUUUGUGCGUUACAAACUUCUGCCAAAUGUUAAUAUACCUUCAAGAGUAUACAAAUAUUCAGAGCUCCAAAACUAUCAGAAAAAGAAGGUGCAAUGAAUUCAUAAAAAAAAUUAAUUUAAUAUACAUAUUUCUUUACUAUUUGAGUACCAGUCCUCGUAAAAAAUGGUUGAUAUGUAUUAUAAAAUGUAAAAUGGAAAUAUUGAUGGCAUAUUCUUUGCCUUGAGUUUACAAGUGAGAACAAUUGUGAAGGCAAUAUUUAAUAAAAUCGAUAUAUUAAAAACCAUUUUGAAGCCAUCGACUCGAUGAAAUUUUACCAGGCUCUCAUAAUAUGAUGGUAUGCUUCCUGUACGAAUCCAUGUGCAGUGCCGCCGAUUCCUGCCAAUCGUUCAGCGACUUCGAUUUGGACCCGAUUGUAUGUAUGUAUACUCGUAUUGGGUCUGUCUGUGUUUUGAAGCGGACUUCUCUAGAACCUGCGCACUGACCAUAAUAUGUAUUUUGUAAUCCGAACUCUCUCAGGUCUCAGUGUAACAUAAUAAGGAACAGAAAAAAAAAGUGAGAGAACAAGAGAGCUUUUUCUUCUUUCACCUGACACUUACAUAUAAUAGCUGGUAUGACAGGGAUGGUUUUAUUUAAUUUCAAAUUUAACCUAUCCCAAUACAGUAGACACUGUCCUUUUUGUGUUCUCAGCGCCUGGUAAGAGCUCAACUAAGUUUUCUUCAUGACAAAGUCACACUAUUUAUCACGCAAUAUGGAACUUAUAUGGAACAAUUAUUAUUAUUGUAUAUUCGGAUUAUUGUAUUAUAAUUAAAAUGCAUUUUUUUUAGAAUUGUGUACAACUGCUUAAACCUGUCGUAAAAUUUACAUUUAUAUUAUAUUUUGUUAACCUUUCCGAAGGAAUAGUAUUUUAAGCAGAGUUUUGCAAAAAAGCUUCUCAACCCCCAGAGUUUUUUUAAAGAAAACUUUCAAAAUUUUUUAUGAUUCCUUAAUUGAAGAAAAAACAUUGAAUAUAACAUUUUCCCAUUGCAUGAAGAAAUUAGAUAUGUGGAGUUAGCUUUAAAACUGCUUAUAUGCUUGCGCACAGCCCACAAGCCAAGGAAUAACUAACUAACUUUUUCACCUGUCUCCCUUCUUCUAUUCUAUAACCAACAUCAGUUUGGUUUAAUUAGUUUAGUUUUCUCGUAUCUUCGAAAUUGUCGCAAUUUCAAAAUACACUUUUAACAGUGUGAUAUCACAGUCUGGUAACAAAAUUGGGUUGCCCUAGCGCUUAUAGACGGACAGACACUCACUUUUGCAUUCGAAAGAUUCAUAUUUCCCAGGUGGAAAUGCUUAAUCAACUUUUCCCACGUAUUGUGAAGCUCUAAAUAUUGUACAACAAUGCCGAAAUAAACGUUUCUAACUUAUAAAAUU